AUGGGUUUUAAAGAACGAUUUCCUCGUUGGAUAACAUUAGUAUUAGCUAUAGUUCAACUUGUAUUAACUGCAGCUAUAGCUGGUUUAGAAUUUGGUUCAGUUUAUUAUGAUGUUGCACAUGGAACAAUUUGGGUUGGAUUUUGGGCUGCUAUUAUUUUCUUCUAUACAUUUUUAAUGAUGUUCAUCAUCACUUGUUGUUGUCGUGGUCGAUGUUGUGCAACAUACAUAUUGAUAUUGAAUGUAUUAAGUGCAUUAGUAGCAGCUGUUAUUAUCUAUUUUGAUGUUUAUUUUCAAAAUAAUUUAUGUCAAUGCUAUUUAGGUACUGAUUUAUGUUGUGCUUUACGUGGAAUAAGUAGUUUUAAUUCCGAUUAUGGUACAAUAGCUAAAAAUUGUACACCAGUAACAGUCAAUGGAUAUCAAACUGUUAUUGAUCAAUGUAGUAGUUAUCCUCCAACAAGUAAAACACCAUUAUUAAAAGGUCAAUUAGCAUGUGCUGCUGCUAUGAUUGUUACAUGUGGUCUUUAUGUUCUUGCAUAUACAUUUGCUUGUCUUGGAAUUUGUUUUGGUCAUUAA